UGGGAAUUAUACUGCACUGUGCUGCUCUUGGUUUCAUAGAGCCCUGUUGGUCCAACUCCGGACAAUUUGAUGAUAGCGGUUUUGGUGGGAGCCUGUUGCGUGUGGCAUGGGCACUGGGGAUUAUAUCUGUGUUACGGUGCACGGAGGCGCGCCCUGGGGCUUCAGUCUCCGGGAGGGAGAGGGGGAUGCCUACCGACGUCUGCAGGUUUAUCAGGUGGAAGAGGGCGGUCAUGCGUCCCUGGCCGGGAUCUGCGAGGGGGACGAGGUGGUGUCGCUGAAUGGAGAACCCUGCGGGGAGCUUUCCCUCCCGAAAGCAAAUGCUCUCAUUGACGCCUCCGUCGACUGCCUGCAACUACUGGUCAAAAGAUGGCACACCCUAUCCCCUGAGGAUUUUCAUUCAGAGACCUACUUUGGCACAAGGGAGUCCUCUGGUGAGGCUUUGGAAAGCACCACCCUCCACAUCCUGUCCCCUGGCAGGUCCCAACCCCCCAGGGAGCUCUACAUCGCUGAUUCCCAGGACGAGGCCUACUAUGGGGAGACUGAGAGUGACACGGAGGCCCCCGGAGGGAUCCAUCUGGUCCGCACCCAGCUCUGCGUACCUGCGCCUGAGGAGUGCCAGUUCCCCAGAGGAGGAGGGGACAAAGGUCGAGAGGGACCCCAGGGGGGGAGUUUCUCCCCUGGGGCAAUGGUGGAGCUACAGUUGUCCCUCGCCGAACACACCCUGGAGGAUCCCGUCUGCACCUCCCUGGGGAGUGCUCUUGGAAUAGAGGGGGAGAUUCAGGCGAGAGAGGCCCUCAAGAACGAGGCCCUCCUUCACACCACCACCCACUCGCUCUACGUCCCUGGCCCAGCUAGGGAGCCCCUAAGUCAGCAUGGAGUGGUGCUGAGCUCCCCCUCUCUGCUGGGCCAGGUGGAAGUCACCCUGCAGCACCCAGCAGCCGGGAGGGGCUCUCCUCGCCUGGUAGAAGGGGAAGUCGUCUAUGGGGCCAGUGGAAGUGUUGGUGAAGCCCCUGGGGAGGAAGGAGGAGGGAAAAGCCAGGGAGCUCCCGCCUCCUUCACCGUCUGCUUUGGAAUUCCCACAGAGGGGGCAGAACCAGCAGCGGAGCGAGACUCAGAUUCAGAGAAGGACCUUGAGAAACCUAACAAGCACCGGGCCAAGCACGCCAGGCUCAGGCGCAGUGAGAGCCUGUCAGACAAGCAGGUGAAGGAGGCCAAGUCUAAAUGUAAGCGCAUUGCUAUCCUUCUGAACGCUGAAGCUCCCAACCCCAACAACAAGGGGGUGUUGAUGUUCAAGAGGCAUCGACAGAGGGCCAAGAAGUACACACUCGUCAGCUACGGCACCGGUGAGAGUGAACCAGAGUACGAGGUCGAUGACAGCGACGAGGAAGACGCCAGAGCGAUCAAAUUUACCCUCGUAGCCACCACCAGCGGAUCAGAGCUUGAGGAGGACUUUAUCACUAAUGCCCAGGGCGGUGGCAGAGUGCUAACCUUCGACUGGGACACAGGACUACUCGAGAUCGAGCGCAAGCUCAACUCCGGAGAGGAGAUGGAGCAACUGCCCAACACCACGGGAAAGGGGGCCACAAUGUUCGCCCAGCGCCGUCAGCGCAUGGAUGAGAUCGUUGGCGAACAUGAGGAGAUGAGGCGCCAGGGGAUUCCCGUGGAGGGGGUACAGGAGGUGGAGAAACAUGCAGCCUACCAGCAGAUGGAGGAGCGCUCAUACAUGCAGGCCACCACAGAGAGGCAGGCCUACAUGGACUUUAGCGUGCACCAGAAGCAGCAGCAACAGUAUCAGAAGUACCAAGAGCAGCAGUACUAUGAACAGCAGCAGCAGCAACAACAACAGUACGAGCAGCAGCAACAACAACAGUACGAGCAGCAGCAGUACCAGCAGCAACAACAAUAUCAUCAACAGCAGCACCACCAGCAGCAAGAGUACCAACAGCAGCAUAUUCAGCAGUACUCGUCUAACAUGAAUGGCAUGGCCAACCAUCAAACCAAUGAAAUGCAGAGUUCCAUGAGCAAUCAAACUGCCCAACCCUUCUCUUUACAAAACCAGAUGCCCGCCCUGUUUUCUCCCCCAGUGAGUGGGAGCAACCAAGAGAUGAUGGGUCAGGGAGAGCAGAUUGCCUCACGCGACGAGCGCAUUUCGACACCGGCAAUCAAGUCUGGGAUCUUACAGGACACAAGGAACAGGUUCAAGGGCAAGCCAAUGUUCAAUUUCAAACAAGCACCCAAAGUGUCACCCAACCCCGAGCUUCUGAAUCUCCUCAACAGGAGUGACAAGAAGUUGGAUUCCGAGUCAUGCACGGAAGAGGACUACCUUAGCUUGGGAGCUGAGGCUUGCAACUUCCUCCAGUCACCAAGGGUCAAGCAUAAGACGCCUCCACCAGUCGCUCCCAAGCCCAUCAUUAACCCCAACUCUCCACCCUGGUCCCCUCAGCCUGAGCUGGCCAACCAGGAGUUGCCACUGCAUGCUGAAAAUAGAGUCCCUGCACCUGCUGCAGCCCUUGAGACCGAGUCCGCCCCAGAACUGGCCCCAGAGCCCUCCCCUCCUCUUGCCCCCCAGGAAGCUCCUGUUCCUGCCAAGCCCCCCUCUCCAGCCAAACACACAUGGAGUCCCCCAGGGUCCCAGGCACAGCAGCAGCAGCCCCAGCAAGUGCCAGCUUGGGGAGGAAAUGGUCCCUCACCAACUCAGUCUCAUUCGCAACCCGAGCCUCAAGCGAGUUCCUGGGCUCCGUCACUAACACAGGCAUCACAGCAGCCACUUGUGAGUACUUGGCCACCUGCUGAAAUGAAACACCAGGCUCCAGCUCCAAGUAAGUCCCCACCACAUCUCCCUUGGGUGACUCCCCAACCACCUCCUCCUCAGCCUCAGCCACCCAUGAAUUCUUGGGCUAUAGCACCUGCCCAGUCACAACUCCAAUGGGUUCAACCUCAAGAACAGCAACAGCCCCAGGCACCUUGGGCUCAACCUCAAGAACAAGCACAGCAACAGCCCCAGGCACCUUGGGCUAAACAACCUCAGCCUCAGUCUCCAGAACAGGCUUGGCCCCAGGCCCAGACUCAGCCACCUUGGGUGUCAUCACCUCAGCCUCCAAUGAAUGCAUGGACACCACCACAGAGCCAUACCCAGCCACAACAACCACCUUGGGCCCAACAAGCUCAACCCCAACAUCCAGCUCAGUCUCAACCCCCUAUGAAUGCAUGGGCCCCAGCACCUGCUCAGGCUCAGGUCCAGCCUCCAUGGGCCCAGUUAUCUCAAGAGCAAGAACAGCCACCCAUGAAUGCCUGGGCCCCAGAUCAGAAUCAGGCCCGGCCACAGCCACCUUGGGUCCAACCACCUUCAACCCAAUCCCCACCCCAGCAAAACUGGCAACAACCACCUCCACAGCAGGCACCCUUACAGCCACCUAUGAAUGCAUGGGCCCCAGCUCAGGCACAGCCUCAGACACACACAAGUACCUGGGCCCCACAACCACAGCAAGCCCCAGUGAAUACUCAGACCCAGAUGCACAGAGUGUGUCAACCUUCUCCAAAACCUUGGAAUGCUCCACAAAGUGCUCCCUGUUCUACUCCUCCACCUCCCCCACAGCGAAUUAACUCUUACACACUUGGCGAAAGGUCCUCGUCACCCGUCAUCAAUCCAAUGGCAACCAUUUUGGCACCAGUAGGAGGAAUGGGCUCGGCUUUGUCGAUGCCAGCGGUUAGGGGGAAAGGAGCCGAUUUGUUCGCCAAGAGGCAGUCUCGUAUGGAGAAGUAUGUCGUGGAUUCGGACACUGUGCUGGCAGCCACUGCACAGGCAGCUCAGCAAGCCCAGGCAGCCACUGCGCAGGCAAACAAGGCAAGGCCCACGUCGCCCUCUCCCUCCGUACCUCAUCCGUGGAAAUAUUCGCCCAAUUGCAGAGCUCCCCCUACAUCGAAUUACAACCCCAUACAGUCCCCUUCCUACCCACCAGGGGCCAUUAAGCAACCUCCUCCAUCUAGCCCGGCGGUCAAAGCAAAGAAAGGGAAAGGCAAGCCUGCCUGCAAACCCCUUGCCGUUAUAGAUGUCAUGAAACAUCAGCCUUAUCAGCUCAAUGCCUCCCUCUUUACUUAUGGCCCAGCAGUGGAGGCUGCCGAGGCUGCCAAGGCCGCCGCACCAAAGCCUGCCCCACUCCCUCCAAACCAAAACCAACCAAUAAGAUAUGAGCAAGCUGCCCCUGUCCAGCCGGCUGGACAAAUGAAUGCUCCCUAUUCACAGCAGCCCCAGCAGCUCUACGGGAUUACCCCUCAACCACCCAUGCAUGAUAGUCCAUACCACCCAGCUUCACCUAAUGCUUACCAGCCAUCUAACAAUCCCUACCAGCAGGUUCCUGCUGGCCCUUACCAACAUCCAUAUAAUCCCCCUUACAAACAAGCCCCUCCAGCCCCUUAUCAACCCCAGCAGCAAGCUCAAAACCCUUCUUACCAACAGACCCCCCAAGGUCCUUAUCAGCCAGCCCAUAGCCCCCCCUACCAAGCAGCACCCCAAGCCCCAUACCAGCCACUACCUCCCAGUACCUACGUGGUGCCCAGCUUUCCCAUAGCGGCAAAGUCUGAGUCCAUCUCUGGGGGCAGCACCGCUCCAAAGCCCAGGUUCAUGGCCAAAAAGAGUUCAGCCCAGGCAUUUGGCAGGAGCUACUCUCUGUCCCCACCCGCCGCCAGAGCACCAUCGCUGGGCCUCCGGUCAUCGUCUGGGUCCCCUUCCCUCUCAUAUAAACCCCGGGCCUCGUCUGCUCCAGCACCCCAGGGGAGGCAGAUGUCCUGGCUGGACAAGAGUUACAAGCCUCCUUCGCCCUGGGAGGCCGCAGCCCGCCACCCCAUGGGUCUGGUUGACGAGGCCUUCACCUUCCAGAACCUCCAGCAGGCCAUCGCCUUCAACGUGUGCUUGGCUGCCCAGCGCAAGCUGCUCCCCGAGCCCCCAGCUGAGUGGAAGUCUAGGGUGUCCUACGAUCCUCCCAGGAUGACUGAGGGAUGGAACCCGAACCAGAGAUGGAACCAGAGGGAGAGCCAGACCCAGAGCCAGGGUCAGAGCCAGAGUUACAGCAGAGUUAUGCCUCCGUUCCUGUCCCCAACCAAGAGUACGGCCUCAGCCCCCGCUGGUCCAGCUGGCAACAGGUCCCUGCCCAGACAGUUGCAGCCCCAGAGGUCCCUGACGGAGGCCAAUAUCGAGCACUCUGGGGCCGGUUAUGGGAACGGAAGGCCCCUGAGGGGCCAGCAGCAGCAGCCGAGCUACAGAUCUGUGUACCACACCGACUGGAGCUGGAGACGCUAGAGGCAGACAAACAUGAUGGCUACUUAUCUUCAUAACAAGACCAGAAAGUAACUCCAAGAUAUUCAGAUGAAUAGUAGUAAGGACCAUAUAUAUAAUCAGCAUAAAAUAAAACUUGGGACAAUGGGAUAACACAAGGGUUGAGGAGAGCGAUGGGAUAGUUUGUGGUGUGUACAGGAGAGAGAUUGAAGGAGGUUGGAUCUGCUUAUUCGGUUGCACUGAGAAUACUGCUAAGAAUAUACAGAUGAUAAGAGUAAAUGUUUUGGUAUUGGGGACACUGUCAAUGAUGGUUCUAUUUUAGUCAAAUGGGAUGCCAUUGAGUUUCACUUCAUCAAGCUUUCAUUGGACAGAAAUCAAUGAGUGAUUGAAGCAAAAAGAAUGGUGUAAUUGCUCUGUCAGAGGCUUUAAUUUCCUCCAACACUGUGAUGUGAUGGUAGCAUUCAAAGUAAGUGAAAUCAAUAGUAUUUCUUCGGAGGAAGAAAUGGGCAUAAAGUAUGUUGUAAGGCAGAAUGUGUGAUUGUCAUGUAUAAAAAUUAAAGGAUGGGAGUAAUGAAUGGACAUGUAGAUUUGUGUCAAAAACCUUUAUACAGUAUGGAAUACAGUGGGAAAUAUACUGCUAUGUUCGCUGUGCAUCAAAACAGAUCACCCACUCACCAAUGACCACAACAAAGGUCAGUUUGAAAUUGCUGAGUGGUACAAUAAUGUGUGAUGACAAACUAAGACCUAGUGCAAUAGCAUUAGUUGAUAGGGCACGAACACGAAGAGAAACACACAAAAUAACACAGGUGUUAUAGUAGUAGUUGGUGGCCACAUAUACGUUGUGGGGAGUUGGAUACGAAAGGGUCACGUGUUAUGAUUUUACCGUUUUAUUAUCCAGAUGACAUAAAGUGCCACUGCGGAUGUAUUUAUUUAGCAUGCUGGUUUUUGUGGUGUUCGUGGAUUCGCAUGUCUCAACCUAAACGUGUCAAUAUGAAUAUGGUUAAUGCUUAGGGAGUCAAUUAUAGUAAACCAUUAACAAUCCAGAGCAAGGGGCUAAGAACACAGGGCUGAAUACUACUGUGAGAUGCCACACGCAUCUCCAACUUCCAUAUAAAUCAUAUAUAUAUAGGUAAGUCCUUUAGAUUACCUUAAUACUUUACAUUAAUAAUGUUAAACAUACCUUAAUGUAAAGUGAGAUCCAGUUAUGUAAGAGAUGAGAGUUGACACUAGGUGCAUUCGAGAGUGAGGGAUGGAAAUAGUGUUCUUGGACUUUAAGUAGAGCACAGAAUGUGUUAUUUGCCGAUGUCCGUGGCUGGUGAUAAAGUUGAUAGGAAAUCAAUAACUGUCAUUUUAUUAUGUGGUCAUGGACAUGUAUGGUGUGGAUCAAGUUGAAAUUGUGAGACACAUCACUUGCGUUUGCCUGUGUUGCUUACUUCUUUCAUGGAUUCUCAUCAGUCCAGAAUGAAGAUUUUAUGUGCGAUUGAUCAAAUUCAGAAUUUUCACGUAUCAUCUCUUAUUAUUGCGAGAUUUGAAAUUGUUUAACACUAAUUAGUAUCUGUCAUGUGAUUUUACAAAGUUGUGUAUGUGUCAUCAGCAACAAUAUAUUGGAGUGAUAAGAGUGAUAUUUUUUUGUAUUUUCAUUUAUUUUACAGUACUUUCAGUCCAAACAAUUACCCAAUGUCUGUGUACUUUUUGUCGGUUUUGAUUUCAUCAUUUGAUUUCUUCACUUUGAUUUCAGUAGGCAGGAUGAGGCAUUUUGGGAAAUAAAAAAGCAUUGAACUAC